AUGGAACCGGGCCCCACAGACGCUGGCGCUGACGCUCGUGUGCUAACAGAGACUGCUCGAGCACCGCCCAACGCAGUCAAGGCAGAGAAGCUGUCGGUGUUUCUGGGGGCCCGGUGCCUGCUAUCGAACACCGAGCUGAAGAUAGCGGAGCCCCAGGGUGCGUCGCGGAUCUACGGGCUGGUGGGUCCCAACGGCUGCGGCAAGAGCACCUUGCUGAAGCUCCUGGCACAAAGGCAGCUGCCAGUGCCGGAGACUUGGGACGUGUUCUUGGUGAACCAGCAGCUGCCGACAGCUGGGGAGCACUCCGUUCUGGAGGAGGCGCCCUUCCUCGCUUUCCUGCUUUCCGUGCCGCCAAUCCCAUGA